UAUUUGGUAACACUGAAGCGUCCCUUUGUUAUGCCAAUGAAGUUCUUUGGAUGUGAAAAGAGGAAUAAAUGGCUAUUUGUUUGAGCGUGAAAGAGGAGCAGAGGCAAGUUUGGAGAAAAGGAUUGACUGCUGGAGAGAGGAAUAGAGCCUGGUUUUAUGUCAACAAUGUAAUGGAGAGGGAGAAUACCCUAAGGACUGAGAGGCUGACAGUCCUUUAAGAGCAGAGAACAUGAUGACACAGUCCUCGGGACGGAAGACGCCAGUGGACUAUGGUGUCCAGAUCCGCUUCAUUAAUGACCUUCAUGAUAGUGGUGGGGGCCAGCCAGGGUAUCAGCCCAGGACCAAGACUCAGACCACCUCCAAGUAUGGCGUGGCGGUCAGGGUGCAGGGUAUUGCUGGUCAGCCGUAUGUCGUUCUGAAGGAUGGAGAGAAAGGAGAUUCAUAUGGGGUCCAGCUCAGAACCCAUUACCCCUCUGGUUACAGUAGCCUCCCCCGAAGGAGAGAACGAGCAGAAUCUGGAACUGAUGGGGGUGAUGCAGGAGGCGGGGGAGGGCAGGGAGGAGGACUCCGAAGGGCCCAGUCACAUGGGUCCCUACUGGACAGGGAUGGAGAGAUAGGAGCAGGCAAUGAUGAUUUUCAGCUGUCAAGACCACCAGGAGAUGGGAAGUCUGGUAGUUAUGGUAAUCUGGACGGGGGGACAAGAGUAAAGGGAGAAAGGGAGCAGGCUCAAAAUGUUGGUGGUAGAGAGGGGAACAUGGAGAGGAAUAUGUGGCCCAGUUCAUAUAAAACAUUUCAAAACCCAUCCUCACAAACGAAUGAGUUUCAGUCUACUCACAAGCAGACUCCUGUUAACAGACUGAUAAACAGGUUUGAUGGAGGUCAGCAGAGAGGCCUCGCUCCUGCACAACAGGAUCCCAGAACUGCAUCUCCUCUCCCCAGCCCAAAUCCAUACACCUCACCUCCAUCCUCAACACACAGCAGCCUGGGAUGCAGCCAGGGUCCUGUCGACAAAGUUCCUGCACACUCUGCUAAUCAGUGGACAGGGAGACGCACAGCUGUGGAGACACCACAGGCUAAUCUCAAAGACACACAAGUGACACCUGACCUUUUGCUGGACCAGGGUCAGAGUGCAGAGUUGAACAGCGAGGACGAGCAGAUCAUGCAGACUCUCUACAAUAUCCUGAGAGAAGGGACAAUCGAGAGUGAUACUGUCAUCAAGCACAAAGUCAGGGUCAUCCUUAAUACAUUUCACAACCUCAAGUCCAAAGAAAAAGGCAGGGAAGAUUGGAUGAGAGAAAAGAAGGAGCUCGAGAGAAAACUGGCUGACCUAAAGACUACCCUGCAGCAGAAUAGAAGGGACUCCGUUAACAAUUCUGAUCCUGCUCUGAAAGCUGAGCUGGACUCCUGUCUGGAUGAAAAUCUGCAACUCCGGGAGAUACAGGACCGGAUGAAGAAAGAGUUAAAUGAAACACAAUCCGAGCUGACUCAACUGCGUAUGGACAGGGAAAAUGCAGAGACCCGGGUCAGGGAGAUGGAGGACCAACUGGCUGAGUUUCAGGAUGAACUGAGGAGAGAAAACAGCAACAAGGCGGACCUGAUGUCUUGCCAGGCAGAGAUGACAGAAGUGUACCAACUGAAACAAAAGCUGGAGGAGACGCUGAGGCAGAGGGAGAGAGAGCUAACGGCUCUGAAAGGAGCUUUGAAGGAAGAGGUGGCCUCACAUGACAAAGAGAUAGAGGCUCUCAGAGAGCAGUACAGUGUUGACAUGGAGAAGCUUCGGAACAGCAUGGAGCAGGUGUCUCAGUCUCAUGCAGGAAUUGAGGCAGAGAGGCUUCGUGUAAACGCUUCAGUUCGCUCCCUUCAGCAACAGUUGGAAGACUGUAGAGACGAGAGCAGCCACUGGAUGGAGCAGUUUCAUACCACCAGGGACGAACUUCGAUCAACUAAACAGGAAGAGCGACCCAGCAGCCCUGAAACACCACUCCUACAGUCACGCUUGGAAAAAGAGGAGUUUGAAGAGGAACUGAAGGAACUUCAGGAGAAAGUGAGCUCCAUGAAACAACAAUUACCAGACGCUAGCCACACUCAAACUCUGAACCAGGAACUCCAGCGAUGUAACACUGACCUACGAAAGGCCAAGCUUGAGGUGGAGAAGCAGAGGACAGAGUACGACAAGAAGGUUAUGGAGGUCAUCUCGAUUAAGAAAGGUCACCAGGACCAGGAAGCAGAACUGAAGUAUGAGAUCAACAGGUUAAAAGACCAGUUACAAAGGGCCAAAGAGGACUUUGCCAAGGCACAGGAGAAAAGCAAACGGCUUCCAGAUCCAUCCACUGUCUCAGAGUUAGAGCAGAAGCUUGGCGAGGCGCAAAGUGAAGCCAGUCAACUCAAAGAUAAACUCACCCUGGCUGAGGAGGAACUGGAGGCCAGUAAGACCCAUCUACACAGGUCUCAGGUGGACCUUAAGACUUUUGAGGAUACGCAGCAGGAGCAGAAGGAGGCCAACAUACGACUUAAAGAAAAACUUUCGCGUUUAGAGGCUCAGCUGCUGACUAAUGCUACAGAGAGUUCAGAGGCAGAGCUUGCCCUUCACGCCGAGGUGAGAGGGUUGAGAUCUGAGAUAGAUGAGGCUAAGAGAAAAGCUUCCAGACUGAGCCAAGAGAACAGUGAGCUCAGCCUGCGACUCCAAGACACAGAGAAAGACAGGGAGAUGCUCAAACACACCAUAAACCAGCUAGAAGACACGAAACAACAGCAGGAACGAACCCUGGAGAAACUCACCAAAGAGCAUGAGUCUCUGACCAUGUCCUUAAGAGAGGAGUUGCGGACUCUCAGGGUUCAGCUGGAAGAGCAAAGAGAGAGGGCACGCAAGGAAAUGCAAGAGGUGCAACGUCACGGAAGCGAUGCUCAGACGGAACUGGAUAGAAGCCAAACAAAUCUAAGGCGACUGGAGGAGGAGGUAUCACGGCAGAAGAAGGAGCUUCUGCUGGUAUGUGAGGAAAGAGACAACCACCAGCUGGAUAAAGAGCUUCUGACAAACAGACUGCGCCAUCUGGAGGGAGAGCUAGAAUCCAGCAAAAACAGCCAGAAUGAGAAAACCAGGGAGAUUCGCAUCCUGGAGGAUAAGCUGAAGCGUCUAGAGCUGGAGUUAGAGGAGGAGAAAAGCAGUGCGGAGAUGCUGACAGACAGAAUGAGCAGGAGCAGAGACCAGAUCGAUCAGCUUCGCUCUGAGCUCAUGCAGGAGCGAUCGUCCAAACAGGACCUGGAGCUGGACAAGAACGCCAUGGAGAGACAUCUGAAGGAGCUGAGGAGUCGUGUGGCCGACAUGGAGGGCCAGUCUCGCUCCUCAGUAGGAGUGUCCCAGCUGGAGAAAAAGAUACAGGAGCUGGAAGAACGCCUUCGGAGCGAAGAGAGAGAGAAGAACUCUGUGCUGGCAUCUCAACGUCGUCUGGAGAGAAAACUAAAAGAAUUCAACAUGACGCUGGAUGAGGAGAGACAACAUCACUCUGAACAGAGAGACCAGCUUGCUCUCAAAGUAAAGGCUCUGAAGAGGCAGGUCGACGAAAGCGAGACAGAGCUGGAAAGGAUGGACGGACUGAGGAGAAAAGCUCAGAGGGACAUGGAGGAACAGAUUGAACUCAAAGAGGCCUUGCAGACCAGAGUUGCAGCUCUAGAAACUGAGCUCAAGAGAAAGACCCAGGUGGCAAUGCGGCCAGCUUUGGAUUCAUCAGCCCUCAGCUCAGAUGAUGACGACAGCCUGUACGAUCCCACCACCAUCACUUCCAUCCUCACCGAGAGCAACCUUCAGACCAGCUCCUGUUAAAACCGUACUUCACCCUCGGUGUAGGGGUGGGAAAAUGUAGCAAUGCAAAGGACAGAAGUGUCAGAUAGGUUCAUGGUAACUUUAGAUUAAAGGCAUAAUGCUAUGCACUAUAGAAAAUAAGGAAUGCGUACAAAGGGCUGUCACAUAAAUGAGUGUAGAGGUUAGAGGGGGAUGAUUUUCCACACUAGACUGAAUAGAAGGAAACACAACACCCUCUGGAUUUCAGGGCAAUUUCCUUCAGUCUGCAAUGUCCACAGAUGUACACCGUACAUUUGGAAGCAUUCCAUUUCAUGCACAGAAUGCAUGCUACUAAACAAAGGCACUACAGUAUGAACACACUCACUGCUGUACAAACUUUGAUAUUAGCUUGUAAGUAUAAACAGCAUGAAGUGAAAACAUCAAUAAAAAUACCUCUUGCACUUUUGGUACAAAUAAAUGUCAAAAUAUUUCAGGGUUGAGUCUGGGUCUGGUACUCAGAUUCCAGAGUCUGACUUUGACUGAAUAAUAAAAAAAAAAAAAACUCCUAUUAUUUCUUUGUGUAGACAGUUUACCUGCUGGACUCCAGCCUUUCUGUAGUGCAGCUGUCAACUUGAUUGAACUUAACAAUAAUCUGUAUCCUAAAACACUAAUAAAACACUUGGACCACAUGCUGACGUUUAAUUGAAUUUAUGAUUUCAAUUUAAAUAUAACAAAUAUAUAACAAUAUAACUAUACAAUUCUCACACUGUCUAUUACAGAGGUUAUGUGCCUCUGUAUUUUGAUAUAUGGAUUUGUUUUCUGAAAUAUGGUACAUUAUUUUUGUAAAAGAAAGUGUAAACAAAAAGAUGAGACUGAAAUCCUGUGAAAUAGAUUGUUUGGAGCAUGGACACAAAUUCUGUUUCAAACCUGAUAAUAAUUAUAUAAAUGUGAUAGAAACAAGUUGGAGUAAAGGUUUAGAUUAGUUUCAUGCUAUAUGUCUAUAAUAUCUGAACGUUUCCUGUUAAAAGUUUGAUUCUUUGGUUUAUAACUGUCCUGAGCAGUGUCUGAAGAUCACAAUUCACUUUAUAUCAGCCAAAACAGCUGUCUUUAUUUGUAGAAGCUGCACAAUUUCUAUGCAUUCAACCUUAUAAACGUCAUUAAAUAUAUUCUGUCAUUUCAUUACAAUGCCUUAAAUUGUUGAAAAAAAUUGUAAUAGACUUGUUAUUCAUAUUGAAAUGAUUUUUGUAAAGUGUUUGUAUUUAACAUUUGUAGAUUAUUUGGGGUUUUGUAUACAGUCUGAACAAUCAGGUAGUUAGAGCUGUAUUACAUUAUGUUUUAAUAUUUUUUGUCUUUUCAAUGAAACUUCAAAAUGGUACCAUGAACUGUACAAUAUGUUACAUGUGUUGUAACGGUGAAAUUCAUACUGUGACUGCUUCACAGAAUUUUCUAUUGCAUUUCAAUUUAGCAAUAAUAAAAUGAUUAAGUGAA